AUGUGCGCGGCAGCCCCGCGUCCCCUGCGGGCUGGCGGCUGCGGCGGGAGGAUGGUGGCCAGGCGGCUAAGCAGGGCCGGGGGGGAGGCGGCAGCAGCGGCAGCAGCUGCAAUAGGAAGUCGGGCCCACAGCACAGCAACCGUCCCAUUAAAGAGCAGCGGGAAGGGGAAGAAAGUCACCGUUCUGUAUGACUCUUCGGAAGGAGGCGUUACUGAGGAGGAGGAGACUGACUCCAAGAGACUGAAAUGGGAGCCGGGGAACUGGAGGCAGCAGCUGGAUAAUAUCCGGGAAAUGAGGCGGAAGAAGGAUGCUCCGGUGGAUCAGAUGGGGGCUGAGAAGUGUUUUGACAGCAGCGCGCCUCCAGAGGUGAUGCGCUAUCAGGUUCUGCUGUCGCUGAUGCUGUCCAGCCAGACCAAAGAUCAGGUGACCUCGGCAGCCAUGUUGCGCCUGCGGGAGCAUGGCCUCACGGUGGACAACGUUCUGCAGACAGACGACGUGACUCUGGGGCAGCUCAUUUACCCAGUGGGAUUCUGGAAGAACAAGGUGAAGUACAUAAAACAGACGACCGCAAUCCUGAAGCAGCAAUACGGAAGUGACAUCCCCAGUACCGUUAGGGAGCUGGUGAACUUGCCGGGAGUUGGGCCCAAGAUGGCCCACUUGGUCAUGAACAUUGCCUGGAACAACGUGACUGGGAUCGGUGUGGACACCCAUGUGCACAGGAUUUCUAACAGAUUGAAAUGGGUGAAGAAGGAAACUAAAACCCCCGAGGAGACCAGAGUGGCGCUCGAGGAUUGGCUGCCCAGGGAUCUCUGGAGUGAGAUAAACUGGCUCCUCGUGGGUUUCGGCCAGCAGAUCUGCCUGCCUGUGAACCCUCGCUGCAAAGAGUGCCUCAACAGACACAUCUGCCCGGCUGCUAAGAGAUGCUGAGGGGAUGGCUGCUCCUCCUAGAGCAACAGCUCUGCACCGGGGUUGUGAAGCCGCUGGACUCUGAGCCCCAGUAAGACUGCAUUGGGCUUGGGGAGAGACAUAGUGCUGCAGAGAGAUGGGAUGGGAAUGCAGCAGCUACCCAGCGAGAGCAGAUCUCUGAAGGGGAAAAGCGCUCUCUGAAAUGCAGCCGUCCUGCUGAGCUCUGCAGGAAUAGUCCCUCGGUGUGGGUGUCUAACACAAACACUGCACAGAGACAGUGGGAACGGGGAAAUGUUACACACUGCGGUGUCUGGUGCAGCUGGAAGGAGACUUCCGCCAGCUCGGGGACUGGCCCUGCCCAGAGUCCCUGCCUCAAGCUGGUUGGGCACAGACUGGCUUAAGAAAGGUGGUUUUUUUCAUUAAGGUUUUACUGACAACUCUGCAGCGCAGGAGGGAGCCGUGGUGGCCUCAGCCACCACUGGCGGGCAUAGGGACUGAGCAUGGCAAGGGCCAGCUGGAGGCAGGGCGGGGAGUAUGGGGCAGCCCUCCACGGGGAGGGAUAUUACAUUCAAAAGGUACAAUUCAGGCUUCACAAAGAUGAGCCCAGCCACCCCGACCAGGACGUUGGGGCUUCGCUCGUAGCCAAGAACGGGGGAAGCAGCGAGAGCGAUGCAGAGACUGGCCAGCAGGGCUGCUCUUAAGUUCAGCUUUGACAACGCUGCCCCCCUCUGAACACUCUCUCCCCAUGGGAUCUCCUUUGAUCUUGGGCCCUGAUUCAGGACAGCACAUAAAGCAAGUCUGCCGGAUUUAAGUACAUGCAUAAGUGCAGCACUGGGGAUGCUAAAAUAGCUCUGUUUCUGAUCCUGGGGCCCUGUCUGCCUUUCAAAGGGUGCCGGAUUGCGAAAGCAUUUUUCAAAUGGGUAAGAAAUUUGGAGUGGUCAGGUAUUUGAAUUUCGGGUGGGGUGGGAAUCAGUCACAGAACCACCCGUUCCAGUAGCAGCUGUGGCGCUUUGGCUUAAUCAGAUGAUAAAUAUUGUUUUGACUGAUCCUUCGUGUGUCCGGCUUUAACCCCUAAAGAAUUGAGGGCCUAUUGGAUUGGAAAGAGGAGAACACCUCAGCCAGCUCUGUCACAGCUGGGGGUGGGGAGAAGGAAACAGAAAAUCCCCCUAAAUACUGCAGGAAUUUCCCAUAGGACUCCAGUGUGCUUCCAAGCAGCUCUGCACUGAAGUCCAGAGUGUCAAAGGGAUUUAGGUGCCUUUGAGGAGUUGGGCCCAAACUGGGGAAAACUUUGCUACUGAAACUGUUAAGAUUCCAACAACUUGUUCUUGCACUAGUAUUGCACACGCUUUGCCUGGCACAGGGGCAAAAUCAGCAAUGGGCUGGAGUGGAAGGGCUGCUUUAUUCUGAUUGCAUAAUACUACGUAAUCUUGAUUACAGAGCGGUUACCCACAAAGCCUACACCUGCGGUGCUCUGACCUGACCUGGCCGGGUUCUAUGUCUCAGGCAUAAGCACUGCAGAUUGGGAAUUUCAGUCUCUGUAUUAAAGGUGGGGACAUACAGAGAGGGAAAUCUGGCUUGUGCUUUUUUUUUUUUUUUUUU